AUGUUGCCUCCAUGUCCUAAAUGUGGAAAAGAUAAUUUUAAAAGUACUCGAGAUAGAAACACUCAUCUGAAUCGCAGAAUUCCAUGUAUACCUAAAAUUAUUGAAGUAAUUAGCUAUCCGGAAACUAUUCCAGAACCUUCAGAAGUUGGAAAUAACCUUCCAAACAAUCUAAAGUAUGGUGGUACAUCAUCUGUAGAAGAGCUUAAAGCAACUAUAGAUGAGCUUGCUUCACAAAUGCGAGCAAUUUCUUGGCAAUUAAAAAAUACAUCAAUGGAUAUUAAGGGAGUGUCAGGUGAUAUAACAGAUUUAUCAAAUCAGCAGGAAGCAGCACAAAGUAAAAUACAGGAUCUUGAGGAAACAAUGUCUCAACACACUGCUUCAACUAAAAAAUCUGUUCAAAACCUUCAAGAAACAUUAUCUCAACAUACUGCUUCAACCAAAAAAUCUGUUCGAGAUCUUGAGGAGACAAUGUCUCAACAUACUGCUUUGUCUAGUAAAUCAAGUAUUCAUAGUAUUCCACUUUCAACUGCUAGUUCUAAAACUUCACAAUUUACAUAUGAUCCUACAAUAGCAGAUUUAGAACAGACUGAAGAGGAUAAAGAAAUGGCUAGAUUAUAUAUUAAUCAACUUUUAUUACUAUUGAGAUCAUGUCCACUUGAUAUUGAGGAAUUUAAAGAAGGAAAUAAUAUGUUACAAUGGCUUUUUGCUAAUAAUAGAAUAAGAGAUGAUAAAUCAUUUUGCUGGCUUUCUGCAUUAUUACAUAGUCCAAAGCCAACAAGAAUUUCUUUAGGGAAACCUGGUUUAGAGGAUUAA